UUUCAUAGUAGCGAUGCACUGUGGGAUUUCUGUGUAUUGACAUAGCAACCGGGCCAAGGAGCCUCCGCCGCGAAGUAUUUUUGUCCGGAUUAGUUUUUGCCUCAAACUCGUUGCUGGAAGUACGCUUUCCACCGCUGCCAUGAACGCGGCGGUGGUGAAAAAGACUCAGGACACGCUGGGGAAAGUGAUAAAGAAACCCCCGCUGACGGAAAAACUGCUUUGCAGGCCGCCGUUUCGGUACCUUCACGACAUCUUCAGCGAGGUUAUCAGGACCACUGGUUUUAUGAAAGGCCUGUAUGAAGAAAAUGAGAUGAAGUCAGAUAGUGUCAAGGAUAAGGACUCAAAAAUGGCCUAUCUUCAGAAAGCAAUAGAUGUUGUGAUGUUGGUGUCUGGUGAACCUCUGGCAGCAAAGCCAGCACGAAUUGUUGCUGGUCAUGAGCCUGAGAAAACCAACGAGUUGCUUCAGGCCAUCGCAAAGUGCUGCCUCAACAAGUUGUCCAGUGAUGAAGCAGUGAAGCGAGUUCUUGCAGGAGAAAAAGUGGACUUAAAGACCAAAGGGAGCACCUCCAGAUCUCAGGGCAAGGAAAACAGGGAUGGAAAGGAACGGCAGCCGGAUAAGGAAGAAAAGAAAAAGAUAGAGCGAAGUGGCAGCCGGGAGCAUAAGGAUCCGAACCAGGGCAAAGAGCAAGAAAGCCGGCAGAGAGACAAAGAAGACCACCAUGACCACGAGCGCACAGAGAGGCAUCACCGCAGUGAGAAGGACCACCAAGACAAGAGCCGAGAGCAGGAACGAGAGCGAGACAAAGGACGGGUCAGGGAGAGAGAUCGAGACAGAGACAAGGAAAAGACCAGGGAGAGGGAUUCUCACAGAGACAGAAGCCAAGACAAACGAAGAGACAAAGACCGAGAGAGGGAAGGAGAUGGAAGCAAGGACUGGAAUGAAAAAAACAGAAGUGGGGAAAGAGAAAAUGACAAGGCCAGAGUGUCAGAGAAACCUCAGCAGAAAGCAGCCAAAACUGUGCCAGCAGAUCUAAAACCAGUUGAAGAGCCCACAGAUGUAGUAGAAAACCAGUUAGGUAAUCCAGCUAGGAUACCCCGGCCCUCGUCUGCCAAAGGUCAGAGGCAGAAACCCAAAGUUGAAAGCGCAGAUGAGUCUGACAGUGAAGGAGAUGGAGACGUUCAGUUAGUCCAGAGAGCUGUCCCUCAGGAGAACGGCGACUCUGAAGAAUCCUCUGUGCCAGACAAGACUGUUAGGCGAGUUGCUCGGCCGAGCAGUGCCCGCCCUGCACCUCCUCGAGUCAGGAGACAAGAGAGCAGUGCUGACGGGACCCCAGCUGAGAGGCUGUCGAGUGCCAAGCCCGCAGCUCCCAUUAUAUUGGACGGGAAGAGAAAGUCAGACGAUGAGGAGGAUGAAGACGAACAGUUCCUAGUGAUGGAGGCUGUCACCCCACAUCCAGAUUCUCCUAAAACAGUGAGAGAAGCUGCACAUGAACUCGAUGCUGAUGAAAAACAUGGCGGACUCGUGAAAAAGAUCCUUGAAACAAAGAAGGACUACGAGCUGACUCCGUCCUCAUCAAAGUCUAAAGAGCAGAACUUGGUGUCCGAAACAGCUCGUAAAAAAGAUCGGGAACUGGUGAUGAGGGAGAUCGACCGGCUUCGCUCCUCCAUCCAGAUGGUGUGUCGGAGUUCCUUACCGCUUGGAAAGAUCAUGGACUACAUCCAGGAGGACGUGGACGCCAUGCAGGCUGAGCUGCAAAGCUGGCGGCGGGAGAAUAAGGAACACGCACAGGCCUUGCUACAAGAGCAGAGGAUAACAGACCGGGCCGUGGAGCCUCUCAGCGCGGAGCUGGUCGAGCUGGACCAGCUUAUCAAGGACCAGCAGGAUAAGAUUUGUGCUGUGAAGUCCAAUAUACUGAAGAAUGAGGAGAAGAUCCAGAAGAUGGUAACUGGGAUCAACUUUUCCGCCAGAACCUGAGUGACUAAACUGGAUAGAAAAAAAUAGACUCUAAACAUUGAAAGAUGAGCUGUUUUGACUAGAGAGCCGCACUGUGAGGCACAGAUUCUGUUUCUGAGGUUUUUAGAAUUAAAUCAAAUGGAUCCACCAGGUUGUUUUAAAUUGUGCCUUUGUUGAACGGAUCUGUGGACAGCUUCUAACUUGGAGGUUUGUAUGGAUUGGUUUAUAAUAGCCGCGCUAGCUCCAUACAGAAAAAUAUCUUUGUUGUUUCAGUUUCAGUUUCAGUUGACUGCACAUAGGAUUUCUGGUCUUUAUCAGCUUUCAUUUUAUUUUCAGCAUUUAUCUUUAUUAGUCUAAUUAAACUGACACAGUUUUAGCCUAAUUCACGUUCAUUAGCAUCUUUAUCUCUGAUCAUCUGACCUCUCAUCCCUUAAGAUCCCAUCGACGUGGUUUUCAGAAAGCAUUUUCCCGUCACAUUUUUAUUCUCUUCUACUUUUGAUGCACUGCUGCACUUUGAUAUUCUCUUUUUAAACUGUAAAGGGGAAAAUAUGCUUUCUGUAAACGUGGCAGCUAAAGAAACUCCACUUUCUGUCAUGAAUGAACACCAGCACAUUCUGGUUUUGCCACUUCUAGUAAAUAAACACAUUGAAUGUAGCAGUGAGCACAGAAGAGACCUGAUUUAUGAAUUUAAAAAGAAACUAUAAGGAUUACAUUUUGCUCCUGUUAUGGCCAUAACAGGAGCAAAAUGUACAAUGCUAAUAGAUGUAAAUGAAACAAUUAGGCUGUCCUUGAUAUUGUUAACAAAAAUAUUUAGUUUUAGUCUAUAUGUGGAUUCAUUAUGGUUACAUUAAUGUUCUUGCAUUGUGAUGUAUGUCCUGAAAGAAAAGGCAAUAUCAACAUAAUAUAUAAUCUUAAUUUGCAUUUAAGCAGUCACCCAAUGGUUCCACAGCACAAAAACCUCCUAAAUUGUGCAAAAUGUGAACACUUACCUGAAUAUGCUGAUUAGACUAAUAAAUGAAAUCCAGCUGAAUCCACUGAGAUAAUUGAGUCACAUUUUAUGUUGGAAAUUUGAGAAAUUCCAACCUUUUUUUUGAGUAAAUUGCAGGAAAGGGUGGCAUUUUGGGGUCACAAAGUUUCCAUUACAAUCGUUAGUCAAAAUCUACAUGCCAACCAAUAGUUUGGAAAAAGACUUCUCUGUCCUACUGUUACUAGAGUAAACGUGAGGCUUGCUAAACAUGCCAGGAACUUUAACUGGAACCCUGUGCUUUGUUUGGCUUUUGAUUGAGACUUUGAGUUACUCUGAAAUGUUACAGAAGGAGACCAAGCGUUUGAUUAUAAAUAUUCUCUUUACGAGAAUAAUAAUUCCAUAAUUUAUUUAUUUUUUCUUCACUAAUUUCCCCAAUCUGGAUUUGGUUUGGUUGAAUGUUUCUAAAAGGUUCAGUGUGAGAUAAUGCCACGGACUUCAGGAUUUUGACAUGUUGACCAAAUGGGCGAUGUGACCAUUUAUCUGAAAAGAUCUGUGACAACUGUGCUGUGAACAUGAACUAAUUAUAAAAUUUUUACUGAUGCCAUGGCCUAAUACUCACAUAGCUAGAAAACAAAUGGAUAAUGCUGAUUUAGCUUUUUAUGCCUAGAAAUUUAAGCAUACAGCAUGCAACUGUAUUAAAGGCACAUUUUCUGUUACUGCUCAGGAAAAGGAAACACUAAAUUUACAUAAACGCUUUAUAGACUCAACAAUUCAACAACAGCUAUUAGAUGAAGACUCAGCAGACUUUGUUUUUAUAGUACCAUUUUGUGACAGGAGUUUUAGUCAGAGAGCGUCUCAAAGGGAAAACCGAUAAAGUGGGGACCUGCAUAUUACUCAUAAUUACUACAUUCACUGUACACUGUUUGUUACAUUCUCUCAGUUUACCUUUCAACUGUACAUAAUGUAUAUGUUGAGAUUGUAUCAUAGUUUAAAUGACUAUAUAAUUUUGUAGUGGAGUGAAAUAAACGAUCACAUUGCAGUAAA